AUGUCCAACACAAUCCGCCCCGCCGUAAAAGGCGACCUCAACGCCAUCGUCAAAAUCGCCCAACUCGUGGCACCAUACGCGGAAAACAUACCCUACCUCUACCCAGAAGAAUACCGUCAAGAUCACUUGAAGAGACCUCGCAAAGGAUACCGCUUUUGCCUCUUCUCUCAAGAUUUUAUCUUGAUGGUUGCAAAAGUCCCCGACUCAGGAACACCAGGCGACAUCGACAUGCAGGGUAGCAAUCCAUCACCGCCUGCGCCAUCUGGACCAAAUGAUAUCACCAACACCACCUACGAGGAGCUCACCAAGGAGCCGGAACAACCGCUAGAAAAGCCGUCCGACAAGCAGCCCCCCGAUACGAGUGAAGAAAACAUCAGGCAGUGCCGUAUGAAGGCCUUCAACGCUGCUGUCGCGCGGGAUUGGGAGUAUUACCAGACUAGACUUGGUUAG